CCAGUCUGGCGUGGGACAGGGAAGAGAAAUGGCUGCAGUGGAGUCAGUCCAGGGGCUGGUGACCUUCAAGGAGAUGGCUAUGUAUUUCACCAGGGAAGAGUGGGCUCUGCUGGACCCCACUCAGAGAGCCCUCUACUGGGAUGUCAUGCAGGAGAACUAUGAGACUGUGACCUCGCUGGGCCAGAGAAUAACAUCCAUGUUUCGCUGCAGAUCAUCUCGUCCUCCCAGGGACAAGGAAAUGGCUGCAAUGGAGCUGGCUCAGGGGCCGGUGACCUUCGAGGAGGUGUCUGUGUAUUUCUCCAGGGAAGAGGGGACUCUGCUGGACCCCACUCAGAGAGCCCUCUACAGAGAUGUCAUGCAGGGGAACUAUGAGACGAUGGUCUUGCUGGGUAAGGAUUCCUGUCCCUUCUGUUCUUGGAAGGGGAAAUGAAGAGUGAAGGUUCAUGCCACCCCCACAAUGCCAUCUGUACCCUGUCCUGUUUCAGCAUCACCCCAAUCGGCCAGUAACAUACAUACUACCAGAGACCCUCCUCU